UAAGAGAAACCUGAGGUUGAGUAGAGAUUAGGCAAAUUCUCGAUCCCCAAAUUUGAAAAAGCUGAAAGUUGUUCUUAGGGUUCUUUUGUUCACUUUGCGAUUCUUCUCAAUUUCUCUUCGAUCCUAGGAGAAUCGAUUAUUCAUCAGUUAGUCGCUGAUCUGUUUUCAGAGUCCUCUCCGUCUCGUCGUAGCCGGCGCCUGAUCGGAUCAAAUUGUUCAGGCGAAAUAUGGUGGUGAUCUCCCUGAAGAUUUUGAAUUCAACUUUUCUCCGAUCGCUUCCGCUUGAAUUUCUCAGGAUUUCGAUUUCGUGUAGACUUUCUUCUUGGCUUUGUCUGCGAAUCCUGUAAUACCAUUAGGGUUUUCAUUUGUGUUUGAUGAUCACUCUGUUCAGCCGAUCGUUAUUGUGAAUAAUCUUUUCUGUGUAUAUAAGACUGGUGAUUAGAGGGUAUCGGUUGGGAGGAUUAGAUUGCUUGUGUGUUUUGAUCUCUAGAUCUUUGACUGAGGAUAUGUAUAUCGAAGAACUGACGGAAAAGGAAGACAAGGUGGAGAGACUGGUGGUGGAGGAUAGCGUCGCUGAUGGAGAUAAAGCGAUAUUGGUGAGCAGAGGAAACGUGAUUGUGUUGACGACAAAGAGGGCACUGGUUGGUGUUGGUGCUCGUGCGUUGUUCUACCCAACCCUGAUCUACAACGUUGUUAGGAAUAAGCUCGAGGCUGAGUUUCAUUGGUGGGAUAGGGUCGCGGAGUUUAUAUUGCUGGGAGCCGUUCCAUUCCAAUCUGAUGUUCCACGGCUGAAAGAGCUUGGUGUUUGUGGAGUGAUCACUCUGAAUGAGCCAUAUGAAACUUUGGUUCCAUCAUCCCUCUACAAAUCUUACUGCAUUGACCACCUGGUGAUUGCCACGAGAGAUUAUUGUUUUGCUCCUUCCAUGGAAGCAAUAUGCCGAGCUGUAGAUUUUAUCCAUCGAAAUGCUUCGCUUGGGAAGACGACCUAUGUACACUGCAAGGCGGGUCGGGGCCGCAGCACAACUAUUGUCAUAUGCUACUUGGUGCAACACAAAAACAUGACACCCGAAGCAGCAUAUGCAUACGUGAGGUCAAUCAGGCCUAGAGUUCUUUUAGCUGCCACCCAAUGGAAGGCCGUUCUUGAGUACUACCAUGUCAGGGUGCUGAAUACUCAACGUGCCUUAACUGAUGCAACUUCAGCUUUGAUCCCGAGAGAUGUGAAGCAGGUUUGCUCUGGCAAUGUUGUUGUGUUCGAUGAUGGGUCGAUGGUGGUAGUGACCCACUCGGAUGUAGAGGGGUAUGAUGAUAACUCACAGAGGUCAAUGAAUGUUGCGGGAAGCGAGUUAUGGGCGGCAGCUGCAGAUCUGAGCAUGGUGUAUCGGGUGAAAGUUGUGGGACAGGCUGCAUUGGCGAGAAUCUCGUGCCUGUGGCUUGGCUUGCGUGAGGACCACAAGCUUUCUGGGAAAAACCUCUCCAUGGGAGGAAUAAGCGUCGACAUUUCUGUCUACUGAUGAUGAUGACGAAAGAUGCAGGUGAGUCUGUUGGCGAGCGAGCGAGUGAAUAUGCCUUUUUUCACUCUUUCUCCCCAGUCAAAAAGAAGUCUAUAAAUAAAAAAAGAAAGGGUCAAAUUAGAUAAUAGAAGAAAGCAAGGUUUGUAAAUUCUGAAGAAAAAAAAAAAGACUUGGUUUUGUCGUCUGGGUAUUGUAAUUAAAUACUACCUCAUGCCUCAUUUGCCUUUUGAUGAGGUAAAAGGUGAAUUAAUCUCAUUUACAAGUAUCCAGAUUA